AUGGAGUCAGAUGCGUCCCAUCACGUGAAGAGGUGCCAGACUUGUCAGAAACACAGAAAUUUGAUCCAUGCUCUAGCCGUAGACCUGCAUAGCAUCCGAACGCCAUGGCCGUUCCAUUCCUGGACUUUUGACCUAAUAAGGCCCAUCUACAUACCUUCCAAAGGGUACAAGUGGAUUCUCGCAGCUACGGAAUUGAGCACAAAGUGGGGCGAAACAAUCCCUCUGAAGAAUGCUACAAGGCCCACAUUCGUGAACUUCAUUAAGGAAAAUAUCAUUUGCCGGUUCGGAGUACCGAACACCAUCAUCUCAGACAACGGCACACCCUUCAUAAACAAAUAUGUGAAGAGCCUCCUAGAGACUUACCAAGUGAAGCAUCACAAAUCCACACCCUACUAUCCAAAAUGGAACGGGCAAGCGGAAGCCAUAAACAAGACACUAAUAAGGAUUCUGGGCAAGAUGAUGAAUGAAUUUGGUGGGACUUGGUCCAAACAGCUGAUAGUAGCCCUAUGGGUGUAUCGCACCUCAAAGAGAAAGCUAACUCAAACAACUUCUUACUCCUUUGUGUAUGGGUCCGAGGCAGUGUUACUUAUAGAGUUGAAAACACCAUCUGCUUGGAUGGCUCUCACCUUGGGGAUGGUGCUGGAGCCUCGAACCACCAGAUUUGAGGCAUUAGAGGAAAAGCAUGACAGAGCCGUAAAAGUCAUGGAAAGGUAUCAUGAGUCCAUCGCCCGAGCCUAUGAUCAGACUACGGUGCCAAGAAAGUUCGAAGAAGGUGAUCUAGUAGGGAAAAUCGUAGACCCAAUCAUGCGAGGACAACCCUUGCCCAAGUUUUCUCCAAAAUGGGAAAGGCCCUACAGGGUGGUUCAAGCAAGCUUAAGCGGGUACUACAGGCUUGUAAGGGUUGAAGACGGCUUCUGA